CACCAAAGCUCCAGUUGUAGCCUUGCUCGAUAUCUCCUUGUCAACCCCACGAAUUGAUAAACGACCAUAGUUCAGCCAUCACCACAUCCAUAUCGAGUUUAUCAACCCACAAAUUUGAACUAUGGCGGAUCGUUACUCCUUCUCCCUCACAACCUUCUCCCCCAGCGGAAAGCUGGUACAGAUUGAGUAUGCCCUCAACGCUGUAAACCAGGGUAUCACUGCCCUUGGCAUCAAAGCUACCAACGGUAUCGUUAUCGCCACCGAAAAGAAGUCAUCAUCUCCUCUCGCCGACCAGAGCUCCCUCUCCAAGAUCAGCGACAUCACCCCCAACAUCGGCAUGGUAUACUCCGGCAUGGGCCCCGACUAUCGAGUAUUGGUGGACCGAGCCCGUAAGGUUUCGCAUACCGAGUACAAGCGCAUCUACAACGAGUACCCCCCUACCAGAAUAUUGGUGCAGGACGUCGCCCGAGUUAUGCAGGAGGCCACCCAGUCAGCCGGUGUUCGACCUUAUGGUGUGAGUCUCUUGAUUGCUGGUUGGGACGAGGGCAUUGAGCCUGAGGAUGAGGAGGACGACAAGUCCCAAGAGGAUAGCGAGGAGAAGAAGGUCAACAGAAAGACUGGAGGCAUCCACAAGGGAGGUCCUAUGUUGUACCAGGUUGACCCCUCUGGUAGUUACUACCCAUGGAAGGCUACAGCCAUCGGCAAGAGUGCAACCAAGGCCAAGACAUUCUUGGAGAAGCGAUACUCUGAAGAGCUGGAGCUUGAGGAUGCCAUCCACAUUGCCCUGUUGACGCUGAAGGACAACAUUGAGGGUGAGAUGAACGGUGACAGCAUCGAGAUCGGUAUUGUUGGUGCCCCCGCGGACCACCUUCUGGGUCUCGAGGGCGUUGAGGGGGCUACCGGACCCCGUUUCAGAAAGCUGACCCCUCAAGAGAUUGAGGAUUACCUGACGAGUCUAUGAUUACCCUUAUGCAGAUGAACACAACGAGAAGCCUUGUACAAUAGAGGGUCACUGGGCUCAAUAGAGCUGGUUCUGAUAGAAGGGCAGCUCAUUCUGAGCUUUGACAUUGUUUUGAUUGCAUCUUUGCUGUGAUUAUAAAAGAUGCCCUUGGACCAGCUU